AUGGCGUCGACGGCAAAAAAGGCGGACAAGCGCGCGUUGUACGUGGGUGGCCUGGACAAACAGGUGACGGAGCACACGCUGUUCACCGCAUUCGUCCCUUUUGGUCCUAUCAAGGGCGUGCAGGUUGCCAUGGACUACUCGACGCAUCGAAGCAAAGGGUUUGGCUUUGUCGAGUUCAUCGAUGAACUGGAUGCACGAGCUGCUAUUGACAAUAUGGACGAGUCUGAGCUGUUUGGUAGGACGUUGCGGGUCUCCAUUGCCAAGCCUGAUCGGCCGAAACUUGGCUCGAACAAACCAGUGUGGGCGGAAGCCGAUGAAGCGAUGGAUAGCACGAGCGGACCAACGGAAGACGUGGCUAAAGACGCGUGA